CACUUUUCGCCAACAACAGCAUUACUCAAAAUCUUUUACUUAUUUUAGUUGUGUACAGAACGAUGGCGGAUGAGGUGAUUCUGUUGGAUUUCUGGCCGAGCACGUUUGGCAUGAGGGUGAGAAUCGCAUUGGCGGAGAAAGAGGUGAAGUAUGAAUACAAAGAGGAGGAUUUGAAGAACAAGAGCCCUUUGCUUUUGCAAAUGAACCCCAUUCAUAAGAAGAUCCCAGUUCUUAUUCACAAUGGCAAACCAGUCUCUGAAUCUUCCAUCAUUGUUCAGUACAUUGAUGAGGUGUGGAAGGAUAAAGCUCCUUUGCUCCCCUCUGAUCCUUACGAGCGAGCUCAAGUUAGGUUUUGGGUUGACUUCAUUGACAAGAAGUUAUUCGAUGCUGGGAGGAAGACCUGGAGCACAACAGGUGAAGCACAGGAAGAGGCAAAGAAGGAAUUCAUUGAAAUAAUAAAGACCCUGGAAGAGCAGCUGGGAGACAAGCCUUACUUCGGAGGUGAAACCUUGGGGUACGUCGACAUAUCGUUGAUCCCUGUUUACUGUUGGCUUCACGCAUACGAGACAUAUGCCCAGUUCAGCGUAGAGGCAGAUUGCCCCAAAUUCACUGCCUGGGCUAAGAGAUGUAUGCAGAAGGAAAGUGUUUCCAAGUCGCUCCCCGAUCAGAAGAAAGUGCUGGGGUUUGUUGCAGAAUUGAGGAAGAGGUUUGGGCUGGAAUAAACCGAAUUUUGCAUGGAAUAAAAUUAUAUAUACAAACUAAUUAUACAAAAUUAUCUAUGUAUAAAUGAAGGUGGCAGUUUAUGAAUAGGUGACGUGAUUAUUUAUCUUUUCUCUUAUUUAAAAAUCAUACAAUCAAAUGUUAUCUACCUUAAUUUAUAUAGUUAAGUUUGUAUAGUUUAUUUGUAUAUAUAGAAUUACUCUUUUGCAAAUGGGAAAUGAGUGAAAUAAGGCAACAUGCAGAAAUGUGCUUGCUCUAUGAGACUUGUACCCUGUUUGUGGGUGUAUUGUUGUAGUUUUGCUUUCCGAAUAAAUGGUUGAGAAUAUGCGCAUGUAUUAUUGUAGUUUUGCUUUCCGAAUAAAUUGUUGAGAAUACGUGCAUC